AAGGCAACUUAGGCAAGUGCAGUCCUCUUCUAACUCCUCGGAGCAAACUCUGCAGCUGCUUUACCCGCCCGCGCGGGUUCCGUUCUUACGGGAGGGCACGGCCACAUAUAUAAAGCUCGGAUUCGAUCAGCUAUGCCGCUGACUUUGGAAACCGCCGUGGAACCGUCGGAGAAGCCAAUCAAAUCCCAAGCCCUAGCUUACCUUCUUCUUCCUCUUCCCCCAUCUCGUCGGGCAAUGGAACUGUAGAACCCCAGCCAGAAUUCAUCGCCGGUUGCAGAGAAGAGAAAGCGUGUCUGCGCCAUGGAGACUCAUUUCAGCCACAACAUAUUCGAGCGACGCCCCAUCAUCAAGGCCAGGACGCCCGCCGUUAAAUGGUUCCGGGAGUGGGUGCCUCAGGAUGUCGUAGCAACUGGAGGGAAGUGCUCUCUCUUGAGAUGGAUUACAGAGGAUGGGUUGAGAGAUUUGGGAGAAAAGGAAAAUGAGCCGAAGGAACCUGAACCUGAGCCAGAACCGACCACGGAAGUUCUCUUUCUGUGCAGUUAUGAAGGCUGUGGAAAGACCUUCAUUGAUGCUGGUGCUUUAAGGAAGCAUUCGCAUAUUCAUGGAGAGAGACAGUAUGUGUGCCAUUACGAGGGAUGUGGAAAGAAAUUUUUGGAUAGUUCCAAGCUCAAGAGACACUUUCUUAUCCAUACAGGUGAAAGAGAUUUCAUUUGUCCACAUGAAGGUUGUGGUAAGGCAUUUUCACUGGAUUUCAACCUGAGGUCCCACAUGAAAACUCAUUCACAGGAGAACUAUCACAUCUGCCCGUACCCCGAUUGUGGGAAGAGAUAUGCUCAUGAGUACAAACUUAAGAAUCACAUUGCUGCCCACCAUGAAAGGCAAAAAGGUGAUCAUCAAUUUUUACAGAGUGCACCAGUUGACCUCCCCAAGUACACCCCGCCCGUAGAGAAACCACCUAAAGUUUCAAAGCCCUCUUCCGGGGCUUAUGGGUCUGCAUCAUCAGACCGCCCUUAUGCUUGCCCAUACGAAGGUUGCGAGAAGGCCUACAUUCACGAAUAUAAGCUCAAGCUUCACCUUAGGAGAGAGCAUCCAGGGCACAUGGCUGAAGAGAAUCCUGAGGGCACCCCCGCUGCUCAUAAUCCUGACCAUGACAUGGACGAGGCAAGCGACCAGGAGACGUACAUUGCGAAACGUGCCUGUAAUGGAAAGAACCCGAAACAAAGCAGGGCCAAGUCCAGAGCGAAGGUGGCCCCUGCGAAGGCUACAAAGCGGAAGGCCUCGAGCCCUACUCCUACCCCAGUGGCUGUGGUUAAGAAGCCCUGGCCUGUCAAGGAAGAGAUGUACGAGGAGGAAGACAGCGAGGAGACGGAGGAGGAUCGGGAGAACAUGGAGGAUGGGUGGAGAUACACCGAGCAUAACGAGGAAGACGAUGAGGAGACGGAAUAUGAGGACUAGCAUUUGAUCUCCCUUUCCUCAUCGUCUUCCCUGUCUCGAGUAAAAUCCGCUAAUUUUCCUCGUUUUCUUCUUUCAUUAUAUGAUGAUGAGUCGUGUAUAAAAUAAAACAGCCUUAGUUUGUGAUCUCGGGAAGUUUCGGUAGGUGAGUUGUAGCGACCAGUGAUUCAUUUUUGUUCCUCCUUCCAUUCUCGCAUGCCAAACAUUGCAUUGUUGUAUUUGAAUCACAUCUCGAUCGCUUAUGCCUUUUUUUCUUUUCGAUUA